GCACCGCCACGCACGGCUAGUAGGACGUAAUCAAUUGGCUGUCACGGUAUGAGGCCGCUGUUGAGACGUGCUAGAGAUUCCUUGGCGCAGGGUGGGGCCGGGAGAUGGCCGAGGCCUGCGCAAGGGCUCGUGUUGAGACACAACUACCAUCCGCCAGGCUACGACAGCAAAGGGAAGCAAAACCCGCCGGAAGCGGGAGUCUCAACCGCGUCGCCCCUUCCCACGGCGAAACCCCCUCCCCCCCAGCCACCCCGCACUAGCAGUAGCAGUCCAUCAUCAGGGGCUGACCAAUCGUUAGAAGGGGGGGGUGAACAAUCCCAAGGAAACGACACCCUGGGGGGCACAGCAGCAUCAGCCGCGGAGGAGGGGGGGGAGGGGGGGAGAAGACGCGAGUCCACCCUUAAUGGGGUGUCGGACGUUGUUUAUGGCGCGCUCGGGCAGGCGGAGGAGCAUCCGGUGUACGACCUCCCGAAGGAGUGGAAAACGCUGGUGUCGACGCUCUGCCUCAGGACGAACUUCGAGCCCGCGGAGCUGGCGGACCUCUUCCAGAGGUUUAGGCAGCUGGCGGGAACAAAAGAGUACCUCACGGCGGGAGAGUUCCGCCGCACGGUGCGUCGUAACUUCGGCAUCAUGAACGAGGAGUGGGUCAAGAAAUAUUUCAAGGCGUUCGAUCGGAACCACAGGCAAGCUUCGAUGCUGCGAGAGAUGGAUGGGCAUUAUUAA